UGCCGCGCGUUGGUCGCGGAGGCUCUGGAGCUGGCGUCCUUCCUCGCGCGGGUGCGCGUCGGCGGCGCCAGGGACCUGGGCGCCGCUGAGGAGUCCGUCACGCACCUGGAUACCCUGCAGUUCUCUGAUUGGGCGCGGUUUUGGAUGCAAGUCAUCGGAGAGUUGAGAAUGGGUGUUAAGUUAAAGAAAGUCAGUUAUUCACGGACACCAAUCGAGUACGAGUUGACCCCGUACGAGAUCCUCAUGGAUGAUAUCAGAUCCAGGAGAUAUACUUUAAGAAAGGUUGACGGCGCGAUACCACCGAGUGUAAAGAAAGACGCACACGCAAUGAUUCUCGAAUUUAUUAGAAGUAGGCCGCCACUAAGAAAGGCAUCAGAACGCAAACUACCCCCACCACGGCGAGAAGCGACCCCUCGGGAGAAGCUGCUGGCCUCCAUCCAGGUCGGCAGGCAGCUCAGGCCCACGCCCUACUCCAGGAGAUUAUACCAUCGCUCCAGAACAAGCUUAGUCACCUAGCCCUCAAAGUGUCCUAUCCUUACAACCCUCGAAAUUAUUUGGCUACGAAAAUGUGAAACCUUUUUUGGACUUGGACAAAUUUCAAGAGUAUUGAUUGCGUUUUAAAACAUAUGUGAGUUUAAUAAA